AUGUCAUUCAAUCGGCGCAGCUCACCACUUCAAUCACCUUCCCUCCGUUACUCAUCCCAAUCCCAGAUCCAACAUCAAAACUUCAACGACAAAAUGGCCGACGCGAGUCAAGCUUGGGAGGAACGGUGGUCAAAAAGCCGUAACAGGGCUUACUAUUUCAACAGAACAACGGGCGAAAGUCUUUGGGAUAAGCCGGCCGGAGUGGAAGUGAAGGGAAGUGCGAAUGGUCCUCAAUCGGUUCGCGCGUCUCACUUGUUGGUCAAACACCGAGAAAGUCGAAGACCUUCUAGCUGGCGAGAGGAGAAUAUCACGCGAACCAAGGAAGAAGCUCACAAGAAGAUUGCAGCCUUUCGUGAGCGCAUUGUUAGCGGAGAAACCGACCUAGCUACCCUAGCACAAACAGAGAGUGACUGUAGCUCAGCCAAGAGAGGUGGAGAUCUGGGCCAAUUUGGCCGAGGUCAAAUGCAGCCACCGUUUGAAAACGCCGCUUUUGCCCUGCAAGUGGGUGAGCUCAGUCAACCUGUCGAGUCAGAUAGCGGGGUGCACCUGAUUUUACGCACGGCGUAGUCCGGGAACGUACUCGUAACUCAUGUAUAUUUGCUCGUAACUGAAUAUUGUGCCUAUCUGAUUUUAUUCCUCCUUAAAGGAUAGUUCGCUUCAGUGGUGGCCCCAUUAACCGGAAUGCUUCACAGUACUUGAUAUUUAUGAAUCAAUUACCCAAUCUAAGCGAAAUAUGUACAAAAGGAAAUAGAGAUCUAUAGUAAACCGA